CAGCAGCACUUUGAGCUGCUUGUAGAAUGAUGCUUUAUAAAUGAAACUGAUCGAUAUUUAUUCAUCUAUUGACUUUAUUCUGAAGGUUUUCCAGCAGGAAGCCUUCAGGAACGCGGGGCGCCUCGUGUCGGUCCCCUAGCCCCGCCCCCUGCUCCUACCUGCGCUCCCUCCUCACCUGUCGGCCCAGGUAAGCGCAGCCGUUGCAGAGGCAGCGCGUCGCGGCCAUGGCGGAGUCCCAGCUGCUGUGUCUGGACAACCAGCACGUCAACGAGAAGGUCCCGGAGUCCCGGCCGGAGUUCUACUACAGCGAGGAGCAGCGGGCCGCGCUGGAGCAGCUGCUGCGCCACGGGGACGGAGCCUUCAAGAUGCGCCUGCAGGAGGACAACAUCCGGGACUUCCUGUGCGCCAGGGAGGUCCGGGCCAUCCGGGACAGCUUCCAGGAGUACGACCCGGACAGCGAGCCGGAGCCCGGCGAGCCGGACAAGCCCAAGGAGGCCACCAGCGCCGACUCCGGGGUCCACUCCACCUACUGGCCGCAGAUGUCCGACACCGAGGUGCCGGCGCUGGACAUCGGCUGGCCGGCCUGCAGCGGCGUGUACAAGGGGGUGACCCGGGUGUCCGCGUACACACACCCGCCCAAAGAGCCGGGGCCGCACAUCAAGGAGGUGGUGAGGAGGCUGAUCCAAGGCGCCCAGAAGGUGCUGGCCAUCGUCAUGGAUCUCCUAACGGACCUGCAGAUCCUCCAGGACCUGCUGGACGCGGCGGCGCGGCGCGGCGUGGCAGUGUACGCGGUGCUGGAGGCCCGCGGCGUUCCCCACUUCCUGGACAUGAGCUCCCGGCUGCAGAUCAGCGCCAUGCACCUGAGGAACCUGCGUGUGCGGAUGGUGAGAGGCGCGGGGCUGGCCCUGUCCUUCGGGAAGCUGCCCGGCUCGCUCUGCUCCAAAUACAUGCUGGUGGACGGAGAGAAGGUCAUGUUCGGCUCCUACAGCUUCACCUGGAGUUCGUCUCGUUUGGACCGGAGCGCCGUUACGGUGAUGACGGGUCAGAUCGUCGACUUCUUCGACAGCGACUUCAGGGAGAUGUACGCCGUGUCGGAACCGGUCGACCUCCACAAGGAGUUCAACAUCAGCAAGCCGCCGCUGCCCACUCCCGUCCUGAAGCCCCGGGUGGAGCACCUCCGCCCCGCGCCCGUCUCCACGUCCCGCUUCCAGGUGUCCGUCGGCGACUCCAGACAGGUGGACCUCAAAGUGCCGGCGCACAAAUACCACAACCCCAAAUACUCGCUGGUGUUCGGGAACAGGUUGGGCCUGACGGGCUCGCUGCAGGACCUGUCCACCCAGAAACACUCGCUGCUCGGUGGCACCAGCCAGAGGGACACGGAGGGACACGGGGACGCGGCGGACCGAGCGUCCUCACCGAGUCCGAGCGCCACCGCCGAGGAAGAGGAGGACGGGCGCGGCGGUGUGAGGAAGAGCGAGGCGGCCGCUGUGAAGAAGCCGCGCAGUUCCUUCAGGAACUUCCUGAAAAACAGAGCAGCCAAUCACAGCGCAGAGACUAUACAAGAGGGCGUGGUCACUUCUCCGAGCCCCGCCCCCGUGGCUACGGCACCAGAGGCCAAUGGCGUCGCAGGAAACGGACCGGAGGAUUCGUUUGAGGUUCAGGAGAAACCGCUGAAGUUCAAACCCAAGAAGUCGCAGAAGAACAUCCAGAGGAGCGUUUCUCUGCAGAGCAUCGACACGGCGGAGCGAGACGGACUGAAAAGCCGCCGGCGGCAUCAGAGAAGGAACUGCAUCCAGUCCUGAGAGGAGGAGCGACGAGGAACCGCCUCACUGCAACGUUACCGAUUCACUGAAACAUUCACUGAAACAUUCACUGAAACGUUUUACUGAAACGUUUUACUGAAACAUUCACUGAAACAUUCACUGAAACGUUUUACUGAAACGUUUUAUUGAAACAUUUACUGAAACGUUUUAGUGAAACGUUUUACUGAAACGUUUUACUGAAACAUUCACUGAAACGUUUUACUGAAACGUU